GCAUACAGAUUGGAUUGACAUUAUUUGGAAGUUUCUAAUCGUUUAUCUGAUUUUAUUAUAGUACUACUGUACAUCGUAACCUUUGAACAGUGCAGAGUAUACAGUGAUCAGUCGAAAACUGAAAACGUUAGACCGAAUGUGAACAUGGCUUUUACCGAAUUCACAACUAAAAACCAUAACCUCGCUAGAUAUCUCACCUAAGAUAGAUCACUAACAAAUCCAGCUUGUGUGUAAUAUUCUUGAGUAGAUCAACACAGAACGGUACGCCUUUUCAAACCAAUAAUCAUGGCAAGCAGUACCAAUACGGAAGUAUCACGGGCGAUGGAGAAACUUGCCAAUACGACCAUUUCGUUGAAAACUGUUGACAGGUUGGUUCAGAUAUCUUAUGUUAGAAUAGAGCAAGAAAUGUUGUACAGUUUAUCCAGAAGAAUUAAUCAUUUCGAGUGUGUCCAUUUAACAGGAAGUUUUUAUGAGGGAAUAAAUAAAUCGUCUUGCAAUGAUCAGGACCAGAUGGAGAGUCAUAAAGUAUUUCCAAUUGUUGAGUUCGAGCCUCCGGAAGAAAAAGAGAAGUUUAAGUGGGGGUAUGUAAUAGCAGAACAAACGUUUGUAAGGGAACCAGCGUAUUUGAGACUUAAAGCCGUAGAUAUAGACUGUUUACAUGACACAGUCAAAACUGCAAUUGAUAAAGAUAAGUAUCUGAAUACUGUUGAUUUUCUAAAGGUCCAUAAGCCUAUGUCAGAUAACCAGAGUGAUAUCCAAAUUCACGGCCCCGCAUUUACUUUCCAAAAUCUACGGUCGUCAGCUGCGCAUACCAUGGAUGCAGUCCUUUGCUUAAAAUCCAACUUAUGGCCUUCUGUGUCCGACAGUUUUUUUUUACUAGAGAACGGCUAAAUAAAUGGCCAAAUAAAACUUUAGAAAAGAUUCGAAAUGCUGGUUGUUUGGUUGUUCCUGUUGGACACCCAAGUAGUGUUUCAAGAGAUAUCGAAUGGAGAUGGUCAUUUUCCGUAGCAGAGAAAGAACUCCUUCAGGAUAUGAAUGGAUCACUACCAACAUGUCUGUUUACGUUGAAGGCACUCAAAGGAAUGUACAUUAGCAGUGAAGAGGAGUCUGACGAACCAACUCCAUUUUGUUCCUAUUUUCUUAAGACCGCUUGCCUGUGGCUUUAUGAAUCUAUUCCACAUGAAGAUUACAACAUCAUGGAUUUGAUUAGAAAAUUACUUAGCUGGCUGAUAGAAUGCUAUCAGAAAGAAAACCUCCCGCAUUAUUUUAUCCCCAGUCAAAAUUUGAUUGGUCAUUUACCAAAGAAAGUAUGUGAAGAAGUGCAAGAAAAGCUAAAAAGAGUUAAUGGUCCAAGUCUUUGGAAAAUGGUGAUGUCAUGUAUUGGUAAUAGUCCUUACGAGAGGGAAAUAUUCAACUCUAUGUGUGAUAAACUAGGGAUCGCUAAAGUCGGCGAGGGUGAUAGCCAUCAACAACUGGAGACCAAUCUAUUGAGUCACCCCAGGGCCAAGGAAGAGCUUGAAAAUGUAAUUCGCAAGCUAUCACCCGGUGACUACAUUCACGAUAAAUUUCAAUAUCUGAACAUUGUGAAAUGGCUUUCACUCGAGUUUCCCAGUUUAAUCAGGGAACUCCACAUCCUUAUUGAAUUUAAGGCUGAAACUUCCAAGAUCUUAGAUCUUCCAGAGUCAGUUAUAAUGCCGAUAAUACAUAUGUUAGAUGAUCUAGUGCCGGAUGGAUAUAAACUGAUGUUCCAACAGCACUUGCUUAGAUAUCUAGGUGAUGUUUAUACAUAUUUAUUGAUAUACUUGCGAAACAAAUAUGGCGCUGUGGCUGGGAGUGAUCUACACCGUUACAAGGAUAAACCGAUUCAGUACUAUGAAUUAGGAGCUGAAAUGGUAUUUCCUGACAAAUGGAGUGAUCGCACACAGGGUGGAAUAAUUCUGCUGGCUAAAUACUAUUAUCUGACUGGUGAUCAUGAAACUCUAAACAAAAUACUAAAAACCAUUGGACCUCAAAUGCCAUUUAUCAACCAAGAAACCAUGAAUAGGCAUAUAAAUAUAGAAAUAAAGAAUACAUUGCACCUGUCCCUAAGUUCAUGGGCUGCUGAUAAAAAGUUGCAAAAACUUGCAAUUGUAUUCGGUCCUACGUUUCAUCUGCAUCCAGUCGUCUUUGUGUUCUAUAUGCAGGCUAGGGUAGCUUUAUCAGAAGACGAUGUGAAGAAAGCGUCUGCGCAUUUGAAUAGUAUGAAGGAAUGCCUAAUAAAGAUUCUGGACUUGAGAUUGAGAGAGAAUACAAUGCCUGUAAUCAAAAUCAUAGAAAACGAAAUAAUCAAUAGAGGCUUAGUGGGCCUUCAUAUAGAUCGAUAAAAAUAAUAUAAUUUCGUAUUCUAAAUCUCAAUUUGCACUACUAAAAAAUAGCAACUAAAUAUUCCAUCCAUGAACCAUGUUUUAUAUCAAAUGUCCUGGUUCUCUUAAUCCUGAUCUCUCUGAUUACAUCAGUAUGAACUCCAGAUAUUUAAAUGAUCUUAAAUUUGUUGAAACUUUUAAGAGAACGAACACUUUUUAAUCAUUUCAGUAUAAUUUUUAAUUCAUUUCCUCCUGACGUCAGCAACACUGCUUUGUUCUCACUGAGUUAGUUGUUAAAUUACUUAUCUUUAUUAUGUUAUUUGUAAUUAUGUUAUUUGUAAUUUAAUUGAAUGAAUGAAUUGUCCUUUUUCUUAAA